CUGAGAGGUGAAGCAGCCUCAUCGCCCAGCUCCGGCCCACGUCCUGUCCUGUCCAGUCCAGUCCGCUCCGUCUCCGCGCUGCACGGGCUGUGGGCCCGACCUCCUCGCCGCACGGCGCCGACCUGUGACCCUGCUGCCCCGAGAGCGAUGGAGACGCGCAGGCUGGCAGCACCCUCCCGGUGAGUCCGCGUGCGCAGGAGAGGGCAUGAGCGCCCUCCUGCUGCUGGCCCUGGGUCUGCUGGCCCCUCCCGGGGGUGCCCUGCAGCCUGCCCGCGUCCCCCUCGUGCCUGGCCAGCCCUUUCUGGUGCUGUGGGGGAUCCCCGACUCCUUGUGCGAGGGGCGCCCCGACCCCAGCGCCUUUGGCAUGCUCAGCAACGGCUCGGCGGGCCAGUUUGUCGUCUUCUACCGGGACGGCCUGGGGCUGUACCCCUACUAUGACCCCCAGAACCAGCCCGUGGCGGGGGGGCUGCCCCAGCACACCAGCCUGGACAUGCACCUGCUGAAAAUGGACGCCGACGUGACCUCCGCCCUGCCCUGGCCCGACUACCGCGGCCUGGCCGCCAUCCACUGGGAAGACUGGGCGCCGCUCUGGGGCCGCAACUGCGGCAAGAAGGAGAUCUACCGGGAGCAGUCCCGCUCCCUGCUCCGGCAGUUCUUCCCCGACUGGGCUCCCGCGGAGCUGGACAAGUGGGCUCAGGCUGACCUGGUCCACACCAUCGGAGAGAGCGCCGCCCUGGGGGCCGCGGGCGCCGUCGUCUGGGAGAAGUUCUUCUCCACCAAGACCCAGAGGGGCUGCUGGGAGCUGGCGGACUACGUGCGCGGCGUGCUGGGGCCCUACGUGGUGAACGUGACCACGGCGGCGCGGCUGUGCGGCGAGGGGCUGUGCCAGGGCAGGGGCCGGUGUGUGCGG